UUCACCGUCUAAUUAAUUGUUUUUACAAAAAUAUUUAACUAGCAAUAAAAUAUAUUUUCCCUUAGUAAUGUAGAUCAGUUUGUAAAAUAACAUAAUUAACGACAAGAUUAAUAAUCGGUGGUGUAUUCGGUUGUUGAUCGAUUUAUUAAGAAUUCUAGUCAUGAAUUCUGUUGAGAGGAAUCAAGUUGAAAUAUAUGACUAAAAGCUUUUAUGAAACUAACUUUGUGAUAUACUGCAAUGGAUAUAUCGAGUAGCAAAAAUGUAGCUGGCACAAGGCAUCAACUCACUGGAGUUUUAUAUAAAUAUACUAAUGUAAUGAAAGGAUGGCAGCAUCGAUGGUUCUCAGUGGAUCCACAAUCGGGUACAUUUAGUUAUUAUUUGUGUGAAGCUGGUCCUGGAGAUGUUAUGAGUCCGCUUGGUUCAGUGCCGAGAGCUGAGGUUCAUUUGGCUGCCGCAGUCAUAUGUCCAAGUGACGAAGACUCGAAGUCGUUUACCAUAAAUUGCGCAUCUGGUGAUAUUCUGAAACUGCGGGCAGAAGACGCUAGGGCCAGACAAGAAUGGGUUGAUGGGCUUCGAGCUAUCGCAGAAUCUCAUACGAAGAAAAUUUUGCUUGAGGCUGCAGAGUGUAUGUUUUGCAAAAAGCAUUUUAAACGGUUGGGAGGAACCACAAAUUCACUCCGGCGACACAUGGCGAAUAGACAUAUAUCGGCCUCGAAACACAGAACGCCUUCUGCCUCAUCGAACACAAAGAAAUCAAAGGCGAUAGGUGCGAAUUGUCCUUCUCUGCCGCCCAGAGAACAAUUGGCUGUUCUCGAUGCGUUAGGUUGUGCUAGACAACAAUUGCAACAAACUGAGUUAAGUGAUGCCGCGCUUGCCAGAGCUAUUGAAUCGUGUUCGCCGCCAUUCAGCGACACAGAUCCUGAUUUGCUGCUUUUAAAGGCCACGUCUGCAGCCAGUACCCAUUGUCUCCUCCAAUGCUUGGGCCUUCUGCAAAGGCAACGCCAGCAGUAUCAAUAUUCAAAUACAGAACCGGGAAUGCCAUAACUUAUAAAUUAUGUAAAAAUGUAAAUGCGAUUCUGUCAACCAAAUCACACAACCAAACACAUUAUGAAAUUUUUCAAAAUAGUAAAUCGCAAGUG